CACACGCACCGUCCGCCGCCAGUUUAACCCGCCAGCGCAAAACCUCUCACCGUCGUCAACCUCAACCACCCCCCCAAGCAACCGUCAAAAUGGAGAACGAGAAGGGAGAGAUCGUCGAUCUCUACGUCCCCCGCAAGUGCAGCGCCACCAACCGCAUCAUCAAGGCCAACGACCACGCCUCCGUCCAGAUCUCCAUCGCCAAGGUUGACGAGAACGGCCGCUACACCGGUGAGAACCACACCUACGCUCUGUGCGGUUUCAUCCGUGCCCGUGGUGAGAGCGAUGACUCCCUGAACCGCCUUGCCCAGCGUGACGGCUACGUCCGCAACGUCUGGACCGCUGCCCGUCAGCGCUAAGCUCUUUUCUCCUCCUUUUGUUUGAGAGAGUGACGUGCGGUGUUGGGAUGAAUUUGGAAGUGGGUGGUUAUUGAUGAUGGAUGAAGAUAUUUAACUAUAUCUCCAAACAACAAAAAGGGAAUCCUUUUCACAAUGAAAUGAAAAAACUUUUCUUAACUUUUCCAUCAACAAUUCAAUUUCCAUCCUGCU